UCUCUGCGGUCCAGUCUCGGAGGUCUCAGGUUGGCGGCGAUGGACACUGGGGGCGGGUGGCCUUGUUUUUUGCUGUCGCCGCCGCUGCCGCCAACGAUCUUCAUCCGGGUCCUGCGUCAGGUCCGGCUGGGCCGGACUUGCCUGUGCGGUGGGAUGGGCUGGCUGUCAGACCAAGUGCCCUGCAGUUGGCAGGAGUAUGGGGCGCAGUGAUGCACGCCCGGGCGCCCAGCAUCCUUCUGCUUGUCGGAGACAUUGCUUCGGACCCUGCGCUGCCCGCGGCUGCGUGCCUGAGUCGGGAGCCCCUUUCCCGGGGUUGGGACUGCGCUGCGUGCCCAGCGGGAGGUACCAAGGACGGAGUCCAAAGGUCGCGUUUUAUCCGUUGGUGCUGAUGACAGCACCGCGGCGGCACCUGCAGAACCUGAAUUAGGUCCGUAAUGCCUCCCGCCUGGCUCUUUCAAGAUGGAGGGGAAACCUGUGGGAGAGCCUACUCAAGUGGUGUCUAAAUUCAAACUUCCCACCAAGGCGGAGAGCACAGGGCACUGGCUGGAGGAAGAUCAUGCUCGGAUAUGGGAAGUUUUGAAGACUGAGGAGAGCUCGAUUCAGGACUGGGGUGAAGAGGUAGAGGAAGGAGCUGUCUACCAUGUCACCCUGAAGCGAGUCCAGAUUCAACAGGCUGCCAAUAAAGGAGCAAGGUGGCUCGGGGUGGAAGGGGACCAGCUCCCUCCAGGACAUACUGUCAGCCAGUAUGAGACCUGUAAGAUCAGAACUAUAAAAGCCGGCACCUUGGAGAAGCUGGUGGAGAACCUGCUGACAGCUUUUGGGGACAAUGACUUCACCUAUAUCAGCAUCUUCCUGUCAACGUACAGAGGCUUUGCCUCCACCAAAGAAGUGUUGGAACUACUGCUGGACAGGUAUGGAAACCUGACAAGCCCAAACUGUGAAGAAGAUGGGAGCCAGAAUUCACCGGAGUCCAGGACAGUGAUCCGGAA